CCCCAAUAUGCGUCCACCGCCGCCGCUGGUGAAACCGAAGCCUGGUGCUGACAAGGCAAGCGCCCGACGGCCGGCCGUAGCAGCAAAGCCACCGUUGAAGGCAAAGCCACCGUUGAAGGCAAAGCCACCGUUGAAGGCAAAGCCAGCGUUGAAGGCAAAGCCACCGUUGAAGGCAAAGCCAGCGUUGAAGGACAAGCCAGCGUUGAAGGCAAAGCCUACCAAGCCACCGCCAGCAACCAAGCCAGUGCCUACGGCGAAGCUAGUGCGAGCAACCACCAAGCCACCACCUGCAACCAAGCCACCAUCGGCGAAACCUGCGCUGAAAUCCAAGCCACCGCUUGCAUCCAAGCCUGCGCCGACAGCGAAACCACCGCCAGCAUCCAAGCCAGUGCCUGCGGCGAAGCCAGUGCGAGCAACCAUCAAGCCACCUCCUGCAACUAACAAGCCACGUCCUGCAACUAACAAGCCACGUCCUGCAACUAACAAGCCACCACCGACGCGGCCAAAGCCAGCACCGAAACCGCCAGGGGUCGUGCGAUCUGCAAGUAUGUCCCUGUCUUCGCCACGGUCGCGGUCAACAAUAGCUUCGUCGACAUCAUCGACAGCACGAGCAACCCCAACCACCCCAACAGGCACUGAGGCAGGGCCUGUGGUGUCGGCGGCUCGGGCCGCCAGGCAGCUCAAGCCACAAGGACACCGUCCAUGCGCGCACACAGCGGCAGUGGCGAAGCGUCCAGGCAUCAAGCCGAAGCCUGCCGUGAAGAAGCCGUCAACGGAAUCAGCACCAGCAACGAAACAGAAGCCACAACCGAAGCCAACGACACAGCCAGCGCAGCCCGCAGCCCAACAGCCACAGCAGUCACCCUUGCAGCCACAUCAAUCUUUGCGCAGGUCAUCAACAGCAUCGACUGCGCCCAGUCGUUACAGCAGUAGCUCGACAGGGGAUGGUACACCUGGCACGUCAUCAGCACAACGCGUUCCUCAAACUACGACUACUACUACCACCACCACCACCACCACCACCACCACUACAGGAACUGCCGAGGCAGACAGAGCCACGGAAGCCACAGGCAGUGCGUCUGCCAGGAAGAAGGCUGCGAUACUGCAGGAGCUGUUUGGGGAUGAAGACAGCGAUUCGGAGGAGGAUGAGCUACUGUUUGGCCGAAAGGUGCAAUCCAGCAAGCCUGGUCAGCAGAGGGCGCCGGGGCCUGAUGCAAGUAGUGCAGCAACCACGACGACAGCAGCAACAGCGAUAGCCCGCGAACGUCGUCAUGGCGGGGGCGUUCAGUCUCUCUUUGCAGAUGACAGCAGCGAUGAGUGGGAUAAUGAAGAGGAGGAAGAUGGCGGGAGAGAAGAGGUGGAGAACACGGAACAGAAACGCGACGCGAAGGAGCAGGAGGAGGUGAAGGGGAUGGAAAGCCAGGAGAGCGAGUUUGAUGAGGAGUCUGACGAGGAGGAGGAGGAGGAGGAGGAGGAUGUGUUUGCACAGCCUGUGAAGCGGCACUUGAGCGACGUGCAGACGCCGGCCUGGCUGGAAGACAGCGAUGACGAUGAAAAUAACGCAGGGGGCGAGCAGCAAGAGGAAGAACAAGAGGUGGUAGAACAAGAGGUAGAACAAGAGGAAGAACAAGAGGUGGUGGAACAAGAGGUGGUGGAACAAGAGGAAGAACAAGAGGUGGUGGAACAAGAACAGCAGCAGCAGCAGCAACAACAACAACAACAACAACAACAACAACAACAACAACAACAACAACAACAGCAGCAGCAGCAGCAGCAGCAGCAGCAGCAGCAGCAGCAGCAGCAGCAGCAGCACGAUGAGGACGAUGAGGACGAGGGCGCGGCCGAGGCGUCUUUGUCAUCGAAGGCAACCAAAUCACAUCGCAAACGAAGGCACAGGAAAAGGGGAGGCGCAGCCCCGGCCACUGGUGACAAUGAUAAGCCUGCAAAGAUGCAGCGAUGGCGGCAGCACCAUCAAAAGCACUUGGAAGAAACGGCAGAUCUCUUCAGCAGUGACCUCUUCUGACACUGACGGCCACACACACACACACACACACUCGCUCACUGUUUUGUUAAUUUCUCUCUUUCGCGUUGUGCUCAGCAGACCUGUUACGUUUCGCUGAACGUGCUCAUCAUCCCGCAUUAUGCUUUCGCCACCUCGCGUGCACGUUUGCAGUUGGUUUGCGUUUGUGACAUGUCACUUUCACUUUCGAUUCGGUUGUUCUGACUUUGUUAUGUUACAUUAUGUCUGCCGUCCACUGCUCUGUUAUCACAACACAAGAACGAUACACACAACGCGAACUGCUUCUUCCCUGUGGCUCUUUGCUCGCUGUGGUCUGC